AUGAAGAAGAUUGGUGCUUUGUUUGCACAGCUGCUGGUUUCGACAAGUUCAACGCUGGUCUCCAGAGGCGUAGUGAAGUUUGGACCCGGGAAUUGUGUAUCUGCGUGGGUCGGGGAGGCUUCGCAUUGCGUUGUACGCACGGCCUGUGGGGCCCAGCCAGCUUUUGCAGCAUAUGCAAUCCGUGUCGUUUGUGUUGACGAGGAUGGUGGCAGAGUGCUACACACGUUCCAGCAGGGCGGUUUCGAUACAGAGGAGACCUUCGACACAAACAUCAAAUGCCACCGGGUUGAAACUGGUGACUCGGUCCAGGUACCCCAGUUGUCUGUAGCAGCGACCAGCAAAGGGACUGCAGGCUCUGCUGCAGGAGCCCAGCACUGGACCGCUGCCGCGGGUGCUGCAGCAAAUGAAGCUGCCUCACAACACCUGAGCAAGCUGGAGAGCCAGGUGCAGUUGCUGACAAGCAAUGAGAUUGAGAUGAAGCGUGAAAUCGAGGAGCUGCAGGCGAGGCUCAAUGGAUCCGAAUCCCGGGCGCUCCGUGGAAGAACAGAGGAAGGAUCGCGCAGCAACACACAAGCCUUGGACAGCGUCGCAGCCACCCUCGCUGCUGUGAGUGCUCCGAAUCCGCAGAGCCAGCAGAACCUCGCUGGUCACGCACACCCUGCGAAACCGGCGCCGUCUGCGAUGCAGCCCGCAGCGCUUGCAUCGCGUGUACACAUCACAGCGGCAAGCCCCAGCACUGCCAAGCCAAUAGCAGCUCCGGCCACAGUGGCGGCAUUCGCCGUACAAGAUCCGACAAUAGCAGCAUCUGCAGAGAACGCGGCUCAGGAGGCGGAGAAGGCGGCAGCGGAGGCAGAGUUGGAAGCACAAGGUGCGCAGUCUCUGGCGCCGGUUAAGCUGACGGGCAGCGGUGCAAAGGAAGACUUGGAGGAUGAGAAGCUCGUGAGUCUCAUGGACGAUGGGGACACAGGCGACGAUGCGCCAUGA